GCCGGUGUGGUUCACCACCGUUUAACUACAUAUAUAUGCAGCCCCAUCAUCGCGUCGGGUCCGUAGAAAACGACCAGAUCAGUUUACAACCGUUGUAUAGAGCUGUGAACGUUACUAAACACCAACUGGUCCCGGCAAACGCGCGCGCGCUUUACACAACUGCCUUAACACCAAUUUUAAGCGCCUUGUCUUUCGUCCUACAUGACAUCCUAGGGAAAAACUGUCAAAUCCGCUACAUUGGUGUCGUCAAGUUUUUCACCCAUGGCAAACAAGCACAUUUGAUACGGCUUGUACUCUCCCAUUAUAUGUGCGUCAAUUAUUCAACGACACACACACGUAAAGCGAGACACACUUGGCAGCCAACCUUUUAUAUAUUCGGCCAACAACUGACCCGGGACUGCCAGCUUGUCACCUUUGCCAAUUUUUCUCCCUAUCCCGUUUAAUCCGCUAUGUAAUACCGGUUUCAUACUGCGGCUCAUUUUGAACUUUAUCCUAUCAUUUAACGCUUGAUCAUGUUGCCGUUUGACCGUUGCGCGCAGUGGUGGCCCACGCAUAAGAUGCUGGUGUUGGUAGUGCUGAUGAUGCUGCUGGUCAGUCCCGGUUAUGUGGAGAUGUCCAAGGACGGCUGUUCCGGUUUCUGUAGGCGGACCGGGUUUUCGGGAGUAAUCGGGAAUUGUGCCUGCGGACUGGCCUUGUUCUCAUCGAAACGUAGCGUGCUUCCACCUAAACCGUCUUUGGAGAAUCCAAGCAGUGACACGGGAUCGUUAAGCGAUCCAGGAAUGAAUGGGAAAUUAUUCCGAAAUGGCAUUCCCAAAUACUUGGAUUCGGCUGCUAGGCUACUAAGCGCCACGUAUUACGAGAACUCACCGGUGGACAAUACUGGUCUCCCCGAUGAGUACACGGACAUCUAAGACAAUCCCGGAUAAACCUAUUACGAACUCCCGCCACAACGCCAGCACUGAAAAACAUUCCCCGCCGAUUUGAAAAAAAAACAUGACUCAAUUGGAUCUCAUGACUCCGUUGGAGUUAAACGAUAAUUCUUCAAAGUUAUUUUGUUGAAGAACUUUUAUAACACUUCGCACAGUUCUUAAUAAUUAUGAUGCAACGGUUUUCAAUACAUGUUCUCAUACCGGCUGUCUGUCUGUCUGCUUAUAUAAAAAAUAAUCCAACUGUUUUAUACAGUUGACAUAAAUGUCGAUGUGAACUUUUAUCCAUGUGCGCUUAACAAUAAAAUAUAGUCAAUAAUAUCACGGUAC